GCGCCUGGCCGCGGGGACGCCGAGGAGCGCCACGGCCACUCCAAGGCCCAGGAUCGGGACUCCGGGCCGGGGACAGGCCGCGGCAGCCGCGAGAGGCGGGGCCGGUCCCGGUCCCGCUCGGCCUUGUCGGGGGGCGGGGAGGGCGGACCUGCGCUGCGGCCGGGUCGCGGCGCUGCUCUGUCCGUCUGGCUCGCCCGCCUGCAGCUCGCUCCGACGCGGUGGCUGUGCGAGGUCAGCCCUGCCGGGAGCGAGGCCCGGGCUGCGGGGUUGCUCCUGCGGGGCAGGGCCGGGGGAGAGGGCGGAAGCAGGCGCUUUAUUGUGUCAGGAAGUUGAAUCUUACAACACAGUGCUAACAGCACAGCAGCGUCUUAGUCUAUGGUGGGGAAAGCAAGGUGCCGCCUUCCUCAAGACUUCCCCAGAAAGCUCCUGCCCGGCUCGCCAUGGAACCACUGCUGCACAAGUUCUGCUUUGAGUUGUGCUUUGUGGGAGAAGCGCUAUUUGAUUAACAAAAUGAAGCCUGCAAACCUGCACUAUUGGAUUCUGGGUUGGCUUUCUAUGGCAUUAUGUUGUUGGUGUACUUCAGAUAAAUUCACUCAAAGGGACAGCCACCCUCAUACCUGGAAAAAGCUGUAUCUUGCUCAUCAUUGGCCAGUGACUGUGUGUAAGAUGAGUGCUAAUGAUUGUCAAGACCCUCCAGAGUACUGGACAAUCCAUGGACUGUGGCCUGACAAAGCUGAAGAGUGUAAUAGGACGUGGCAUUUCAAUGUCUCCGAGAUAAAGGAUCUUAUGCCAGACAUGAGACGCUAUUGGCCUGAUGUGCUUCAUUCAUCUCUGAAUCGCACCCAGUUCUGGAAACAUGAGUGGGAUAAACAUGGUACUUGUGCAGCCACGCUUGAGGUCCUGAAUUCUCAGAAGAAAUACUUUGGUAAAGCCUUAGAACUCUACCAGCACGUUGAUCUUAACAGUUGUCUCCUAAAAGCUGGGAUAAAGCCAAGCAGUUCAUAUUACCAGAUGACUGCCAUAAAGGAAGCUCUUACAAGAUUUUACGGUGUAACGCCAAAGAUCCAGUGUCUUCCUCCAGAAGAGGGGGAAAAGGCACAAACAAUUGGUCAGAUUGAAUUCUGCUUCACCAAAGAACUGCAGCUGAGAAACUGCACGGCGCUGAAGGGUGAAUCUGCCCUGAUGCAGGCUGACUUGAAGCUUGGAACUGAGGAACUGUCUGUCUGCAAUGAUACUCUCCCAACCUAUUAUCCUUCACAGGUCCAAGAUCACAAAUGAAGCCAUAGAGUUUGAAAAACUUUUUAAACAGCAACAGAAACCAAACCCUUAAACGUUAUUACCGUGGAGAGCAGUCUUAGCAAUAUUACAAAGCCCUCUCCGUAUCACAGGCAUGCUGAGAAGAUUUCUGCUGGAAAACAGGUUUCUUUUGCCAUUAAAGGAGAAUUGGUCCGCAUUCUAAUAUCAUUUACGCAGGCUGAAGUAUUGAAUUGUGCCUCUGAUAUUGAUGGGAUCAGAAUCUGAUUUACAGCUUUGACUGGACUUUUUGGCUUGCGUAUGGUUUGAAUCAAUGUUCAAAAGAGAAGUGUGACUUCUUAGUUUCACUUGCAGUUAAGUCUGCCACUUCAGCCACUUUUGUUUUUUGCCUGUGAGUCAGGGAAAUUAAGCGAUUGUUUUGAAAGGAUGCUUGCCUCUCUGAGAUGAUAUGACAAUUUCUUGAGAAGAAAGCAUUGUAAAGAAAAAGAACUUAGAGACCUGUCUGGAGGUCCUUUCCCAGACUUAAUACCCAAUGCCUUGCGUGAAUUUUCCCUCCAGAAGUGCUGAACAGAGGCAGUGUCCGCUGAAGCAUUAAACCUUUCCUCCCUCAGAAAUCAUGGCAAAAAUGACAACUUUUGCGUAACUUCUUCAUGAAUGAAAUAACCUUCGCCUGGUUUUGGCACUUCUGCCUAAAGGACCUCAGGAAGACUGUAUUUAUAACCUUACCUUUUCUUUGAUUGCUUUUCCAACAGUAGCUCCAUACAAUCUUGAAGAACAACCAAUCUUAGAACUUAACUUCUAGUGUAGGAAAAUCUUAGGCCCUAGAAAUAUGUUAUUAAUUUUUCAUUGUAUUUGAACACUUAGCAUUACCACACAGUGUGAGUGCCUGCACUUUUAUUUAAAAAUGAGAUUGUCACAUAAUCACUUUGUUUCAAGAAACAGCUUUUUGUAGGUGAAACAGUAAAUACUAGAGAAUUUUCAAUGAAAAGUACAAAUGCUAGCAUCAGUGCAUCUCUAUCCCAUAAUAAUUAAUAACAUGCCACAAAGUUGGAUGUUUGCGAAGGGGACCAAAUUUGGAUGAUGUAUUCUACACGGCACUGUGUUGAUUGUAAGUGUCUCAAAUUGCCUUUCAAAGAAGGACGAUUAUGGCUCAAGGAAUCAUCUGUUAAAAUAAUAUUACUGUGAAAACAUGAAAUGUGGUAUUAGGAACAGAUUUGUUAUGUCUUUUGAGGUUUAGAAACCAUUCACACUUACUUGCAUUAUUGUCUGUCCUGGUUUCUCUACAACCUUUCAUUUAAGGCUCUGUGAAUUCCAAAAUGCUGUCAGUUUUUUAGUCCUUUCUUUAGAAACUCAGGUUUUUAUUCAACAGCUAAGAAAUGAAUAUGAUUUACACUCUGUUGUGUCUGUAUUUCAGUAGAGCGAGGAAAGAGAGCUUCUCUUCCAAAAUUUGUCUUCCUUCCUGAGAGGGGGAAUAAACUAAUGUAUAAUAAUACUAUAUUAAUAUACUAAUGGUAGUCAUCAGAUCUAUUGUUUUUAUAGCAGCCAUGGUUCAUUCAGUUCAUGUUGGACAUGACUAGAAGAAUCACAAUUCAUUCUCCCAUUCCUGCCAUCUCCUAAGCAAGAAAAAUGCUUGAAAAGACUAGAAUGUACUUGUUUUUUGUGGAAUCUUUUUGACAUUGCUAAUAUUUUUUUCCUUCUAAUUUCAAAAAUUAUCUCAGCCUAAACUGAAAAAAUAUUUGUUGGGAAAAAUGCAUUUCUGUGCAAAGGAACAGCCCAAGGUUCAUGAAAUUUUUUCAAAAACUCUCUCUAACUCUUUCAAAUAAUACUUAGGUGGUGCAUAGAUUUUGGGUGAACUACAUAGAGUGCAAACAACUUGGAAUGAAUGUUAAUUUACAAUUCACAUCGUAAGGUGGUGUGGUUUUGUUUUGUUUUUGUUAAAGAAGCAAGACUCACGUUUUCCUCAAAAUUGUGCUAUUUUUUUAAUGGGUUGGAUUUUUUUUGUCCUUUAGGGAAGUCCCUUGUUCUCUUUUUCUUUUCAGUGUUCUCAGCGUGCAGUGCCAUAUCCUUGCUCGUUAAGCCAAUCAGCAGUGAGGGAAGUGGAAACAGAGGUUGGUAAUUGCCGUCUGACCAUCUCACAAACAUCUUGCUCAGUGCUUUUCAGUCACCAGUUUGGGUAUGAACACAUUCCUUAAUUAGAGCAAUAGACUUCUCAAAGUCUUGCUAUAAAUAUUGCCACCUUGGAUGAGCAGGUGCAGUAUUAAAAAAAAAAAAAAUCCCAUUAAAUCCACAGCAACAUGCUGUACUGCUAAAUGAGUGAUUAUUGGGUUUGCCUGGUUUUCUGCAGUUGUUUUAAUUCCUUGGUCCUCUUUGCAGUUAGAAGAAAAGCUAAAGCUUGGAAGCAGUGGUAGCAUUGGUUCUUGCACAGACAUAUGCUUAAUGGAAGCUCCAAUCAGUAACUUGAUUGUUGUGGGGUUUUUUUUUUAAUCGCAGUAUAAAUUGUAUUUUUGUUUAUAAUGACAGAUAAUGCUUAGGGAGACACAAAUAUACAGUAUGAGUUCUCUGCAGUUCAAGCGUAACGCAUUAAUUUAAGCAAAGCCAACAACUGCAAAGAUGUACUUUACAAGGAAGUGACACAGACACUAACGACCUUCACAGUGUGAGGCUCAAAGGCAAAGCUGACUCUUGCUAAACAGGGAGUCGGCACAUAAAGAAAAGAGUCAGAAAGGACCAAACUCUGCAGGAGAGUAGAUAGUAUGGCUUCCAUGCAUUUUUCAGCUUCAUUUUCAAAUGCAAGAAACAUGAGGGAGCUGGCAGGUUCUAAAACUUUGAGGAGAAACCAGCAUAAUUUGAAAUGAGAAAGAGAGAAGAAGGGAGGGAGACAGCAAAGCGAGCAGCAUGCUAAAAAGCAACCUGCAACUGAGUAAAAAACGACAGGAUGAAUGUUAAGCCAAGGUUGGCUAAAAAUAAUCUCACAGACUCUUGAAGUCCUGUUUAAAGGGACAUACCUGAGGUACUGCAUUUGCCUUAAAACCACACCCACAUUAUUUUUAUUUUGCCAACAUUAUUACACAUCAAAUAUUUUAAUUUGCUAUGAUUAAUUUAUUAGUAGUAGCAGCGUAACGCUAUAUCUGACUACUGUUGCUUGGUUUUUGACAGUCCCACCUGCCUAACUUCUAGGAAGAUACAAAUGGCUUUUAAAAGCUACUGACUGAUUUUUAUGCAGAGAAGCUGAGGUGCUAUACAGGUUUACGUGAUACGUUUAAGGGGUGCUUUAAGGGCUGUGUCUGGAUGUGGGCAACCAGGAGGGCUGAUGAAUCAAUGGUCAUACUGGUUCAGAUCAAAGAUCAGAUCACAUCCAGCCCUUUAUGUUCUUUCUAUCAAUGGCUCACAGCCAGUUACUAGCCUUGGCAGUUGCUUUCCAUCCAAACGUAUAUAACUUCAAGAGUUGGAUUAACACAAUUUAAAUACAAGAGGUAAACAAAGGUAUAUUGGGAGCCUUAAAAAUCGCUUCAGUUCUGAAAAGUGUCGCUUCCUUAAGCAAAAUAAACUCUGUCAGCUUUGAAGAUUCACCACAGCCUGGGGAAGAUGGGGGCUGUAUUCUUUUUUGCAUCAUUAAAUAAAUUAACUAAAUCCCAGC